UGACUUGUGUAUCUCUCUUAAUAAAUAUAUAUUGCUGUCCAAUUUCAGUCCUCUAAACCACCCUUUAGACCAUAUUUCAAAACCUUGAGAGAGAAAUAAAUAGAGAGAGAGAGAGAAAAAGGAAGAAAUUAAAGUAAGAUCAAGAAUGGGAAGAGCUCCAUGUUGUGACAAAGCAAAUGUGAAGAAAGGGCCAUGGUCACCUGAAGAAGAUGCAAAAUUAAAGGAAUAUAUUGAGAAAUCUGGCACUGGAGGCAAUUGGAUUGCUCUUCCACAAAAAGCUGGGCUAAGAAGAUGUGGAAAAAGCUGCAGAUUAAGAUGGCUAAACUAUCUUAGACCAAACAUUAAACAUGGAGAAUUCUCAGAUGAAGAAGACAGAGUCAUUUGUAGCCUUUAUGCUAGCAUUGGAAGCAGGUGGUCAAUAAUAGCAGGCCAGUUACCAGGCAGGACAGACAAUGAUAUCAAGAAUUACUGGAACACAAAGCUCAAAAAGAAACUCAUGGGAUUUGCCUCUUCAUCUCAGAAAAUCAGGCCAUUUCAUCAUCAUCAGCAGCACCAAAUAACCACUGGUUAUAGUAAUUAUUACCCACAAAUUUUACCAUAUUCUUCUCCUUCAACAACAUUAACAACAAUAGCAGCUUAUAAAUAUAGCAACAACACUUUUCCAUGCUAUGAAACUAUUCCUACAAUUCCAUCAACUAGUUUCUUGAACACUGCUGCAGCUGCUAGUUGUACUUCAGGCAUUACAGCUAGUACUUCCCCUCUACUCCAAAUUCAAGAAAGUAAUUAUGUGGGUCCCACUACUACAACUUCUUCAGAUGGGAGUGCAGAGUAUGAAAAUUUGGAUUUUCAUAGCUAUAUUUAUAAUGGGGUUAUUGGUAAUGAAGAUCAGAGUAAUUCCAAGUUCUUGAUUGAAGGCGGAGGAAAGCCAAUGAAUGGAAAUGGUUGUUAUGUUGAACAACAAAAUCCAUUAGAUUAUAGUAGUUUGGAGGAGAUUAAGCAGCUAAUUAGCAGUAAUAAUAAUGUUACAUGUAAUAGUAACUUGUUUAUUGAUGAAAACAAGAUAGAAGAAAAAGUCAUGAUGUACUAUUGAUGAUGAUAUUGAAUAUUGAUGCUGACCUUUUUGAGUACAAAUCAGAAGAUUUUGCAGU